AUGUCUGCUAAAAGAUCAAGCUCCUACACGUUCGCGACCAACUUAAAAUCAGCCUUGGGAGGCUCUGAUGGCAGUAGUGGUGGUGGUGGUGGUGGUGGAGAGCGCACCCAGCGUUUCUACUUCCGGUCCCACCCCCUCCCCGCGGUUGCUAGGAGACGUGAUGUCACCGGAAGCGAGACCUGGGAUAGGCUGAGGCGAAGCCUCGCCCCCUCCACCGCUUCAGCGCCGGCGCUGGCUCUCCAGCUGUUUGUAGGCCCCGGGGCCAGGGUCCAGGAAGGGAGGCCCCGCUCCCACCCCCUGCCCGCGCGCCGGUCGGGUCCGGCCGCCCGCUCCCACGGCCCUCACGGUCCCCGCGCUCCCGCCGGAGCCGGCCGCCUGACUGCCUUGCCCGCGCUUCUGACUGACAGACGCCGUUUCCCGGCGGCCGGGCUGCCCGCCACGUCCCCGGUGUCGGCCGACCGCACGGCGUGGCCAAGCGACCUUUCCGAGCCCAGCGCGAUGUCAGCGCCCCGCUCCGGGCUGGAUGCUUCAUCUGCAGACAUCAGAAAAGCAUAUAGAAAGCUUUCACUGACUUUACAUCCAGACAAGAAUAAAGAUGACAAUGCAGAAACUCAGUUUAGACAAUUGGUGGCCAUUUAUGAAGUUUUAAAGGAUGAUGAAAGAAGACAGAGGUAUGAUGAUAUUCUGAUCAAUGGACUUCCAGAUUGGAGACAGCCUGUAUUCUACUACAGGCGGGUGAGAAAAAUGAGCAACGCUGAGCUGGCAUUACUCUUGUUCAUUAUUCUCACAGUGGGUCAUUAUGCUGUGGUUUGGUCCAUCUACCUUGAAAAACAGCUGGAUGAACUUCUUAGUAGAAAAAAGAGAGAAAAGAAAAAAAAAACAGGCGGCAAAAGUAUGGACAUAUCAAAACUCAGUGCUUCAGAAAAAAAUGAAAGAUUGCUAAUAAAACCACAGUGGCAUGACUUGCUUCCGUGCAAGCUGGGGAUUUGGUUUUGCCUAACACUAAAAGCACUGCCUCAUCUAAUCCAGGAUGCUGGGCAGUUUUAUGCGAAAUAUAAAGAGACAAGAUUGAAGGAAAAGGAAGAUGAAUUGACUAGAACUGAACAUGAAACACUUCAAAAACAGAAGAAAGUUAAAGUUAAAAAACCCAAACCUGAAUUUCCUGUAUACACACCAUUAGAAAGUACAUAUAUUCACUCUUAUGAUCAUGGGACUUCUAUAGAAGAAAUUGAGGAACAAAUGGAUGACUGGCUGGAAAACAGGAACAGAACACAGAAAAAGCAGGCACCUGAAUGGACAGAAGAGGACCUCAGCCAGCUGACAAGAAGUAUGGUUAAGUUCCCAGGAGGGACCCCAGGUCGCUGGGAAAAGAUUGCCCACGAAUUGGGUCGAUCUGUGACAGAUGUAACAACCAAAGUCAAGCAACUAAAGGAUUCAGUUACCUGCUCCCCAGGAAUGGUCAGACUCUCUGAACUCAAGUCAACAGUCCAGAAUUCCAAAUCCAUCAAGAUGGCCACAGCCUUGCCAGAUGACAUAAUCACUCAGAGAGAAGACGCAGAGGGGGCAAUGGAGGAGGAGGAGCAGGAGGCCAACGAACAGGAGGGAGCGGCCCCUGAAGUCCGGCCUCGGAGGAGGAAGCCAGUGAGGCCAGUUGAAGUGGUAACAAAGGUGGAGCCAGAGGAGAAGUUCAGGGGAAAGAGGCAGAAGGACUUUGAUAUGUCAGAACAAAAUGAAUCCAGUGACGAAGAGAGCCAGAAAAAAGAGAGAAUUCAUGCUGCAGAGGAGGCGUGGACUCAGAAUCAACAGAAACUCCUGGAGUUGGCAUUACAGCAGUACCCAAAGGGAGCCACUGACCGCUGGGACAAAAUAGCCAAAUGUGUCCCCUCUAAGAGUAAGGAAGACUGUAUCGCUAGGUACAAGUUGCUGGUUGAGCUGGUCCAAAAGAAAAAACAAGCUAAAAGCUGAAUGUUCUGGAGGAUGACAUUCGCCUUCAUUUUCCAAAAUGAGUAUUUCAAAAACUCUUAUGCUGAAAUUUGCAUUUUGUACCUCAGUAUUUCUAUACGUCAUGUGCCUUAGUAAACAAGACAAACAAUAAAUAA